AUACAUUCUGUAUUAGAUUUGUAGCAUCUCAAUUUGUUUGCAGAAACUAAAACCAAACCGGCGUGGACCUUGCGUUGCUGGCCGAGGCUUGAGACUUUGAGAGAAGAUUGGAAAAGAAGAAGAAAUGGCGUUCCAGAAGAUAAAGGUGGCGAACCCCAUCGUCGAAAUGGAUGGAGAUGAAAUGACUCGAGUCAUUUGGAAAUCAAUCAAAGAAAAGCUUAUAUUUCCCUUUGUGGAGUUGGAUGUCAAGUACUUUGAUCUUGGCCUCCCUAAUCGUGAUGCCACUGAUGAUAAAGUUACAAUUCAGAGUGCUCAAGCUACUCUUAAGUAUAAUGUAGCAAUAAAGUGUGCAACUAUUACUCCAGAUGAAGAUCGUGUCAAGGAGUUUAACUUGAAGCAAAUGUGGAAGAGUCCAAAUGGGACAAUUCGGAACAUUUUAAAUGGUACUGUUUUUAGAGAACCUAUUAUCUGCAAGAACAUUCCCCGUCUUGUCCCAGGUUGGACCAAGCCAAUAUGUAUUGGAAGACAUGCUUUUGGUGAUCAGUACCGAGCAACUGAUACAGUUAUAAAAGGAUCUGGAAAACUUAAAUUGGUUUUUGUACCCGAUGGACAUUAUGAGAAGAAAGAGUUCGAGGUUUUCAACUUUACUGGUGCUGGAGGUGUAGCUUUGUCCAUGUAUAACACGGAUGAGUCCAUUCGUGCUUUUGCUGAGGCUUCGAUGAACAAUGCUUACCAGAAAAAGUGGCCACUUUAUCUUAGCACGAAAAAUACCAUCCUUAAGAAUUAUGAUGGAAGAUUCAAAGACAUUUUUCAGGAAGUUUAUGAAACUCAAUGGAAAUCUAAGUUUGAGGCUGCAGGGAUAUGGUAUGAACACCGUCUGAUAGAUGAUAUGGUUGCUUAUGCUCUUAAAAGUGAAGGAGGUUAUGUAUGGGCAUGCAAAAAUUAUGAUGGGGAUGUGCAGAGUGAUUUCUUAGCCCAAGGAUUUGGAUCUCUUGGGCUGAUGGCCUCAGUACUGGUGUGCCCGGAUGGAAAGACUAUCGAAGCUGAAGCGGCCCAUGGGACAGUUACCCGCCAUUUCCGGGUUCAUCAGAAAGGAUAUGAAACCAGCACAAAUAGCAUAGCAUCAAUCUUUGCUUGGACGCGAGGUCUUGCACACAGGGCAAAGUUGGAUGGCAACGCCAGACUUCUGGGUUUUACUGAGAAUCUGGAAGCAGCCUGUGUUGGAGUAGUCGAAUCAGGAAAGAUGACCAAGGAUCUUGCACUUCUUAUUCAUGGGCCCAAGGUUACCAGGUCUCAAUAUCUGAAUACCGAAGACUUCAUAGACGCCGUAGCUGAGGAGCUGAGAGCAAGACUGUUUACCAAAGCAAAGUUGUAAACAAUAGCCAGUAACCUGGGUUUAUGCUUGCAAUAAUGUUGCAGUUUGCUUCGACUCAUAUGUGAGAGAAAGCAAAAAGAAAUAAGUAAAAUUCAUUUUGUGAAUUAAAUGGGGCAUUCUAAAAUAAAAUAAUGACCAUCGAAUGCUCGUUGUAAUACUUUACGGUAUGUUAUUACUGGUUUGCUUGCUAUCAUAGGGGCCACAGAUUUUACAUAGGUAAGGGAUAAAUACCGAUAGAUGUUUACUGUCUUAAUAAGGUUUGGUGUUAAUUAUGGAGAAUUGUAGUGAACCUAUGGAUCUGUGCAUUAUGGCUAUGUAUAACAUGAGGUAGCAAGUCCUAGAGCCAUCACAUGUUACAAGCACUGUGCUUGUUGGUAA